AUGCGGCAUCUGACAUCUCUCUCAUGGAUAUUGGCUGUCCUCUCCGCAUCAGGCACGGCUGCGGCAUCGCGCAAUUACUCCAAUCCCAAUCUGCUUCCUCCCCUCCUCUCAGUAUAUGAUGAUCGACCACCAGAGUGUCCGCCCUGUUUCAACUGCCAGCUCGACGCUUUCCAAUGUACUCAGUACGCAUCAUGCAAUCAGUACACCGGCAAGUGUUCAUGUCCUCCCGGCUUUGGAGGCGAUGAUUGUUCGGAACCGACCUGUGGUUCCCUUGCGGACGGGCUAAACAGAGCGCCACGACACGACAGAUACUGCAACUGUAAGGAUGGUUGGGGCGGCAUCAAUUGCAAUGUGUGCCAGACGGACGAUGCAUGCAAUGCGCUGAUGCCAGAUGGCGAAGGGGCUGUGUGUUACAAGCAAGGUCUGGUCGUGAACGAGAACUACCAGAUGUGCGAUGUCACAAACAGGAAGAUCCUGGACCAACUAAAGGAACGGAAACCCCAAGUAACCUUCUCGUGUGAAACAGAGGAGCAUACCUGUAACUUCCAGUUUUGGGUCGACCAGAGGGAGUCAUUCUAUUGCGCUCUAGACACCUGCGACUUCAGUAUCGAAGCUGACUAUUACCGCAAUGAAACCCACUACAAGUGCGAGAACAUCCAGUGCAAGUGUAUCCCCGGACGUAUGCUGUGUGGCGAAGAGGGAUCGAUCGACAUUGGCGAAUUUUUGGAAGAGAGCAUCCGAGGCCCGGCAUCUUUCUCUACACUCUCCACUGUUGAUGGUAGUGACAAGGACGGAAGUAAAUUCCAGGAACCGGCGAUGAAUGAUCUCAUCAAGAGCGUCUUUGGAGACGAGUCCAUUACGCUGAAUUGCCAGUCCGGCGAAUGUCUCUACAAGACUGAUGUUCCUGGAUACGAGCGUCCGGUUAAGAAGAUUAACACACCCCUCAUUGCCGGUGUCAUCGCUGGAUGUGCUCUUUUCGUCGUGGCUGUCAUCCUCGGAGUAUGGUAUCUGUCCCGACGCGCGGCGUACCAGAAAUACGGUGCUAUUCGACUUUCAGAGGAGUCGGAUGAUGAAGAUGCUAGACUUCUCGCCGAUCAUAAACCCGCGGCCCUUCACUUUGAGAACGUGUCCUACUUUCUAAAUGGAAAGGAGAUCCUCUCCGAGAUUCAGGGUGCAGCUCAACCGGGACAGAUUACAGCCAUCAUGGGCGCAUCCGGAGCCGGAAAGACAACGUUCCUCGACAUCUUAGCCAGAAAGAAUAAGCGGGGUGUUGUCCGUGGUGACUUUUAUGUCAACGGAGAGAAAAUAAGCGACAAUGACUUCAAGAAUCUCAUCGGUUUUGUGGACCAGGAAGACACGAUGCUUCCGACUCUGACCGUGCAUGAGACUAUCUUGACCAGCGCCCUCCUACGGCUACCCAAGGACAUGAGCAGAUACACUAAAGAACAGAAAGUGAUCGAAGUUGAGAAACAGCUUGGGAUCUACCACAUUAGGGAUCAGCUGAUUGGGUCUGAGGAGGGCAAAGGCCGCGGCGUUUCCGGGGGCGAGAAGCGCAGAGUUGGCAUCGCCUGUGAACUUGUUACGAGCCCCAGUAUUCUUUUCCUGGACGAGCCUACUAGUGGACUUGACGCAUACAACGCUUUUAAUGUGGUGGAGUCUCUGGUGACAUUGGCGAAGACUUAUAAUCGUACCGUGAUAUUUACUAUUCACCAGCCACGCUCCAACAUUGUAGCUCUAUUUGAUCGCCUUAUUCUGCUUGCCAAAGGGAAGACUGUCUAUUCAGGCCCAUUCUCUAGCUGCCAGCAAUACUUCGAUAAUGUCGGAUACUCCUGCCCUCCUGGAUUCAACAUUGCGGACUACCUUGUCGAUCUCACGAUGCACGCCAGUAUUCCGAGAUCGCCUAUCGACGAAGAACCUCUCGGCUUGUUUACCCACUCGGACCACUUAAAAACUGCGUCAAGCAGCCUGCGGGCUGUCAAGUCUAUUGCCAGUGCGUCAAACGCCAGCUUUGAUGACACCCUGAGGAAUCCGCAAGACUUAGGUCGGCCUAAGAAUAAACGACGGCAAUCAUUGAAACAGAAGCAGGACAGGCAGCUUUACAGCAGGAAGAAGGAUACGGAAGCUCCCCCCACUCCGAAGACCGAUGAGGAGGAUGCAACCCUGGAUUCUGGGCCAGAGAACACCCAACAAUGGCUUCGUCUUUCUCGUCAGAACCGGCCUCAGCAGUCAGAAGAUCCGGACCAGCUUCUACCAGCUGCUCCAGGUUCUAGUACAGAUCUCGACAUCCUUGUUGCAAGCUAUGCCAACUCUGAUGUUGCUCGUUCCGUCCAUGAUGAGAUCGCAACUGCUGUUCAAGGUGCGACUACGGCUAAUGGAUCGGCGGAUCUGCAUCGGACGCCUUCGCACCAGAUGAGAGGUUAUAAGAGGAUUGGUCUCCUGCAGCAAUUUGUGAUCCUCUCUCAGCGCACGUGGCGCAAUCUAUACCGGAAUCCCAUGCUCAUGUUGACGCACUAUGCGAUUUCUAUUCUUCUUGCAGUACUGUGCGGAUACCUCUUCUACGGCCUGACGGAUGAUAUCAAGGGUUUCCAGAACCGCUUGGGCCUGUUCUUCUUUAUCCUGGCCCUCUUUGGAUUCAGUACUCUGACCAGUCUCACUGUGUUCUCCUCCGAGCGUCUGUUGUUUGUGCGUGAGCGCGCCAAUGGCUACUAUCACCCGGUGACCUACUUCGCCGCCAAGGUCCUUUUCGAUAUAGUGCCUCUGAGACUCAUCCCGCCUAUCAUCAUGGGUAUCAUCGUAUAUCCAAUGACCGGGCUGAUUCCCGCAUGGCCUGAGUUCCUGAAAUUCAUCCUGAUUCUUGUCCUUUUCAAUCUGGCAGCAGCCGGCAUCUGUCUUUUCAUCGGUAUAGUCUUCCGGGAUGGAGGCGUUGCCAAUCUGAUAGGGAGCUUGGUCAUGCUUUUCAGCUUGUUGUUUGCUGGCCUGCUUCUGAACCAUGACGCCAUCCCCAAGGCCGCUCUCUGGUUGCAAACGCUGUCUAUUUUCCACUAUGGAUUCGAAGCUCUUAUAGUCAACGAAGUGACAUACCUGACAUUGAUCGAUCAUAAGUACGGUCUCGAUAUCGAAGUUCCCGGUGCAUCGAUUCUGAGUGCCUUUGGUUUUGACACUUUGGCUCUCUGGAAUGAUGUGAUUGGGCUGGCUAUCAUUUCGGGCGCCUUUAUCGUAAUCGCGUAUACAGCGAUGCACGUUCUUCUUGUAGAAAGGAGGUGA